GACAACACAUGGAGAAUUUCAAGACAUUUCUAAUUCAAUCCUAAAGGAGAGAAUGUUUAAAUUUUACCAAGUAAAACAUAUAUUUGAAAUACUGGAUAAAAUGAGAUGCCUGCGAAAACGUUCUACAGUAUCAUUCUUGGGAGUUCUUGUCAUUUUCCUUCUAUUUAUGAACUUGUACAUUGAAGAUAGCUAUGUUCUGGAAGGAGAUAAACAACUUAUAAGGGAAACAUCUACACAUCAACUGAAUUCAGAACGCUAUGUGCAUACUUUCAAAGAUUUAUCUAAUUUCUCAGGAGCCAUAAAUGUUACUUAUCGCUACCUAGCUGCCACACCUUUACAAAGAAAGCGGUUUCUUACAAUUGGACUUUCAUCUGUGAAAAGAAAAAAAGGAAACUAUUUACUUGAGACAAUCAAGUCAAUUUUUGAGCAAUCCAGCUACGAAGAGCUGAAGGAAAUUUCAGUGGUGGUUCAUCUUGCAGAGUUUAAUUCAUCUUGGCGUGAGGUCAUGGUCCAGGAUAUUACACAGAAAUUUGCCCACCAUAUUAUUGCAGGAAGAUUAAUGGUUAUACAUGCUCCUGAGGAAUAUUACCCAAUCCUAGACGGUCUCAAAAGAAAUUACAAUGAUCCAGAAGAUAGAGUGAGAUUUCGUUCCAAGCAAAAUGUAGAUUAUGCCUUCCUGCUUAAUUUUUGUGCCAAUACUUCAGACUAUUAUGUAAUGCUUGAAGAUGAUGUUCGAUGUUCCAAAAAUUUCUUAACUGCCAUCAAGAAAGUCAUUACCUCCCUAGAAGGAACUUACUGGGUAACUCUUGAGUUCUCUAAGCUCGGAUACAUUGGAAAACUUUAUCAUUCUCAUGAUCUCCCUCGUUUGGCACAUUUUUUAUUGAUGUUUUAUCAAGAAAUGCCUUGUGAUUGGCUAUUGACUCAUUUCCGGGGUUUGUUGGCUCAGAAAAAUGUGAUCCGUUUUAAACCAUCUCUUUUUCAACACAUGGGCUAUUAUUCAUCAUACAAAGGGACUGAGAAUAAGCUGAAGGAUGAUGAUUUUGAAGAUGAGUCAUUUGACAUUCCUGAUAAUCCUCCUGCAAGUCUAUAUACCAACAUCAAUGUUUUUGAAAAUUAUGAAGCAAGCAAGGCUUAUAGUAGCGUUGAUGAGUACUUUUGGGGGAAACCACCAUUAAUAGGAGAUGUCUUUGUGAUUAUAUUUGAAAAUCCAAUUGUAAUUAAAAAAAUUAAAGUGAAUACUGGAACAGAAGAUCGGCAAAAUGACAUCUUACAUCAUGGAGCCCUAGAUGUUGGUGAAAAUGUUGUACCUUUCAAACAAAGUAGACAAUGUCUUACUUACUUAAGACUAGGGGAAUUCAAAAAUGGAAACUUUGAAAUGUCAGAUGUGAAUCAGAAAGUUCCAUUUGAUAUACAUUGUAUAAGGAUAUAUGUUACAAAAACACAAAAAGAGUGGCUAAUCAUUAGGAGUAUUAGCAUUUGGACUUCUUAGCCAAUUAAAUCCAUACAAUCAGUAACUGAA